ACACCCUGUUCAGAGUCACAGCUGAAAGUGAAAGAAAGAGCGACUACCGCGUUUGGGCAGGAAAAGCGCUGACGCAUUGCCCGUUUUCACCCAUUCUUCCGUUCCUGUGUGUUUAUUUUAUUCUUUUAUACUUUUCCAUCCAGCUGGUUGAGAGAUGCUGAGCUCGAGCUCGCAGGUUGAGGCUCCGAGUGGAGGUUUCUGCUUUGAGAACACGCGCAGAAAUGCGGUGUUGGAGGCCGGCCUGUCGGAGAAGGGCUACAGCGCUCCAAAAGCCCGGAAGACUGGCACCACCAUCGGCGGGAUCAUAUUCAAGGACGGAGUGAUCCUCGGCGCUGACACUCGGGCUACAGACGACAUGGUCGUGGCCGAUAAAAACUGCAUGAAGAUCCACUACAUCGCACCCAACAUAUACUGUUGUGGAGCGGGCGUGGCAGCAGAUGCUGACAUCACCACCCAGAUGAUGUCAUCAAACAUCGAGCUGCAUUCUCUCAGCACGGGACGUCCUCCUCUCGUCGUCACUGUGACACGGCAGCUCAAACAGCUGCUGUUCAGGUAUCAGGGACACAUCGGCUCGUCUCUCAUCGUCGGAGGAGUGGACGUUAACGGCUUCCAGCUCUUCAGCAUCUACCCUCACGGCUCCUAUGAUAGACUGCCCUUUGCUGCCAUGGGUUCUGGAGCAGCUGCAGCCAUCUCUGUGUUUGAAGACCGAUACAAACCCAACAUGGAGCUGGAGGAGGGGAAGCAGCUGGUGCGUGACGCCAUCGCCGCUGGGAUCUUCUGUGACCUGGGCUCUGGUAGCAACAUUGAUCUGUGUGUGAUCACGGAGAAAGGAGUAGAUUAUCUGCGGGGCUAUGACCAGCCUGUCGAGAAGGGACAGAAGGAAGGCAAGUAUACGUACAAGCAAGGAACAACACCGGUGCUGACGAAGACGAUCACGCCUCUCACCCUGGACGUCGUGGAGGAAUCUGUUCAGAUGAUGGACAGCCAGUGAAGCUCCACUACAUGCUGCUUUUUUGCUCUCUUUUUGUAUCUGUUUAUGGAGAAGGAAUUAAAAUCUAUGCAUUGAAGCAUGACAUGAAAA